UCCUGCUCAGUCACUGGGUGGGAGGCGAAAGUGAAAGAAAAAGUGGCGCUUUUUCGGGGAAAGCCCAGGUCUUCUGGGAACCUGCCUCUAGCUGGUCCCUGGCUUGUCCUGGGAGGCGGUGGCUUGGCCAGGCCACUGCCUCUGCCUCUGUCCCUGUUCCCAGCUCGCUGCUGCAGCACCAGGGACCCUCAGGAAGGGACCAGGACGAAGCUCUGUGUGAGAUGGUGGAACCACUAGACGGAGAUCUGGAAGAUGAUGAAGAGCUGCUUUGGGAAUAUUUUGGAAAAGAUAUUUUGAAUGAGUUCCCCAAGUGGAGACAGAAACAAGAAGAAGCCAUUAAACAGCUCCGCGCCCUAGCAGACGAGGUGGACACCACCCACAAGAUAACCAGCAAGGUCAACAUGGUGGCCACCUCUGCUGCCAUCCUCUCUGGGUUCCUGAGCCUUGCGGGAAUUGCCCUCGCCCCGGUAACCGCAGGAGGAAGCCUGGGGCUUACAGCUGCUAGCCAAACUUUGGGGGCAGCAGCUGGAGUCACCAGUGCUGUGACCCACCUGAUAGAACAUUCCCUCAAUAAAAAGGUCAAAGCCCAUGCCCACCUCCUGCAGCCCUCCAGGGAGCCAGAGCUGGAGCAGGUGGAUGGCGGGGGCACGGCCGGUCUCACAGCUCUUACUGAGAUCCUCUCCAAGGUCAGAGAAACCAUCCGUGUUCUCAAGAGGAACAAGCAAGCCUACCGGGCAGCCAGAGCCAAGCCAAGGUUGGCCAGGGCUGCCAAGGAUCUUAUAAAAGGUGGCCGAGUGUCAACCCGAACCACAAGGCAUGUGCAAAGGGCCUUCGAGGGCACUCCACUGGCAAUGACAAAAACGUCUCUCUUGAAGGGAGGUGGAGCGGCCGCCCUCUUCCUUCUCUGGGAUUUAUACAAUUUCUCUGAGGAUUGGAAGAAACUGAAGGAUGGAGACAGGGCACAGCUGGCAGAGGAUCUAAGGGACUGGGCCCAGGAGCUGGAAGAGGAGGUGAUAAGAUACAGCCACUGCUUUGAGCGGCUGCAGCAGAAAUUAUUGAACUCUUGAAAAGAAGAACAGAACAAAAUCUUUUAUCUUGGGAAAGGGACGGAGACUUAAACUCAGCCUCCAACCAAGGCGCAGGAAAGCAGGAUCCCCGGGGACAGGUUCCAGGGCCAAGGGGUGACCCUAGUUAUCCCUGAGCGCCACUGGAUGGAACAGUGCUGCCCCCUCUCACAGCACAGCGAAGGUCACGGGGAGCGGAGACCCAGGUGGAGAGGAGCUUGGGGGCCCCGGCAGGAGGCACGGCUGAAACUCCAGACCAACACUGGACAACACCAAGAACCCGGCCCUGCCUUCAUUAGAAGCCGUACAAACUACAAAUCUCUGUCUUCUGGUUGAGUCAGGCCAGGAUUUCAGUCCCCCAAGUGCCACCUCCCUCCUGCUCCAGCCUAAGAAUAAACAGCCUCACUCCUGUGUCCUCUGCAGGGUCUGAUUCUUCUGAUGGGAGCACAAGUGAGAAGUUAGCUCUCCACCAGGUGGCCUGCCCCACAGGGUCCCUGCUGGCUCAGAGCCAGGUUUGCACACAGUGGGAUGUCCCUGUCCCUGGAACCUGCCCCACCAGAUCACUUUGUAGGAAGGAAGGGGGCCCAGGAGCCCUCUGUGUCCCCCACAACCAAAACCCUCCCAUGUCCUCAGGACUGCUCAAGUCCCCCUGUCUGUCCCAUCCACUCACCCAAAGAUGACUUUUCUUUCCUGUGCUUUAGCUGGUGUUUUGAGAGUCAGCCAUGAGCUUUAUAUGUGAUUUUUUCUUUAAAGAAAAGAAAGAGGAAGCCACACUGGCCAAAGGUGACAGCAGUUGCUAUUCUUGCGUGGAAUUUCCUUCUGUGCUUUUCUUGCUUUGGGUUUUGAAGUGCUGGCUUUGCAAGACCCUCCCUGCAGGCCGCAUGAUUGGCGUUUCUCUCUAUUCCCAGGCCCCUCAUUUGUCUACAGAGCUGUCACUUAUCAUCCUGCUGCUUUCACAAAGCAGAAACAUCUAAUAUUCCAUGCCUUCAUUGGUUUUCAUAGGCAGUUUUCCCACAUCUUUUAUGGGUGCGCUAUCUGUACAUAAUGACGGACUUGUUACUCAUCCGUUCAUGCACACAGCACAACAGGACUAUUUGGCCAACGAUCACUCCCCCGCCCUUCCCCCUCCUUCCCCACCUCCCAACCCUGGUCCCUCUCUUCCACUGGCCUCCCUUUGAUUUUCAUGAGAUUUCCCCCCCCACACACACACCUUUCUUUUCCUAUUUCCUCUCUAGCUUCCACACAGGAGAGAAAGCAUACAACACUUGACUUUCUCAGUGUGGCUUAUUUCACUUAACAUAAGUUAAGUUCUCAAGUUCCUUCCAUUUUCCAGAAAAUGACAAAAUUUUAUUUUUUUUUAUGGCCCCAUUCUGUAUAUAUGCCACAUUUUCUGGAUCCAUUCUUCUGAUGAUGGACACUGAGGCUGGUUCCAUAGUUUGGCUACUGUGAAUUAGGCUGCUAUGAACAUGGGUGUGCAUGCUGAUAGCAUGAUGGCAUUUAAUUCUUUUUUUUAAAAAAAUAUUUAUUUAGUUAUUUUUGUAGUUGUACUCAAUAAAUUUUUUAUUUAUUUUUAUGUGGUGCUGAGGAUCGAACCCAGGGCCUUGCACAUGCGAGGCAAACGCUCUACUGCUGAGCCAUAACCUCAGCCCCAACAUUAAUUCUUCAGAACAAAUACCGAUGAGUGGUAGAGCUGGGCUAUAUAGUGGUUCAAGGCCUCAUAGAGUUUAAUAUGUUGCAAAGUAUUCACUUGAGGGGCUGGGGUUUCGCUUAGUGGUAGAGCGCUCGCCUAGCACAAGGGAGGCACUGAGUCAAUCUCAGCAUCACAUAAAAAUAAAAUAAAGGUAUUGUGUCUGCCUACAAUGAAAAAAAUAUUUUAAAAAAUAUACUCUUGACUACAUAUAAUAUUUUUCUUUUUCUUUUUGCAGCACUGGGGAUUAAACCUGGCCUUGUUUGUGCAUGCUCCUUGAGGGCUCCACCCCUGAGCUGCAUCUCCAGCCCCACUCCUAUGUUUGAGACAGGGUCUUGUUAAGUUGCCAAAGCUGGCCUGAUAACUUGAGAUCCUCCUGGCUCAGCCUCCUGAGCACCUGGGGUUGCUGGUGUGCACCCCCACACCUGGCUAUGUACGAUCCUUUAAUUAGGGAAAGAUUAGACAUUGAUGUUUUAAGUGUCCAAAACCAACUCAAAAUGGCUUACACAGCAAAAGGAAUUAGUUGGCACACAGUUUACAGUCUCAGGGAUACCAUGGACUCACAUGUGUUGUUGUGGUGUAAACUAAUCAAUAAAAUCCAAUAAGAGUGGAAGUUAUAGGUUAUAGAUUAGUAACAAAUACAGAUUAUAGAUAUAAUAAGUGAGAUGAGACAAUUAUUAAUCAAUAACUGCCAGAGACAGGCCUAGGACUCCAUUUUGCUGCCUUGUAUAAAAAACUGUUACAAGAGCUGCUUCUGAGAAACUGAAAUGAAAGCUCUUUUCUCAUAAAUAUUUUGUUUUCUGUACUUUGCACCCCACAAAAUGCACUCAACCCAGGAUAUGGUGGUCUUGGUGACCCAAGACUUUGAAGUAGAUUCUCACCCCUGCUAACCACCUGCUUGAACUCCGGAUACAGUUGUCUAACACCUGCUCAGACCCAAGAUGUGGUCAACUGAGUUGCAAAGCUGACUGCUUUUUUUUCUAGCUUCCCUGAGUGGCUUGUUUGCAUGUGCUAAGGAAAGCCCCUGAGUCGUGGUUCUCCUCUUUAAGUUCCCAGGACACAGGCCAGGAAGUCGCUGUUCUCCCACUGAGCUUGUCUCUCUGGGUGGGUGACAGUCCUGGCCGGUAAAUAAAGCUCUCAUUGAUUUGAA